AUGUCUUCCUCCGAUCCCGCUCCUGCCUCCUCCCCUGAAAAUGCGGUCCCGAAGCUGGACGUCACCAAGCUCCAUGCGCUGCCCUCCGAGCAGCAGGACCUCUACCUACUCACGUUCACCUCUGAUUUAGUGCAGUAUAUCUCCGGCCUGGACUCGGCGCAGGUCUCGACCCAGCAAAAGUUCCUGAAGAAGGAAUUGCUCAAGAUCUUGACCCUGCCCUCACCGACGAUUACUCGAGUCCUCCGCAAUAACCUCGGACGGUGUUUUGGGGCUAUACUCGGAAAAGGGGAUCGCGGGAUCCUGUUCGAAACCGUCACCGACUUGCUCGGUAUAUUGAACGCUAGCAAAAGUGAUGCAGAAAUCAAAACCAAGUUCGCUGCGGCACAUUGUCUUGGGGAGGUCUUUGCGACGGCCGGCGAGAGCGCAUUUAUGCAGUCCAAUGUCGCUAUCUCGAGCACGCUCAAGCUUCUCAAGUCAUCAAGCAACCAUACCGGUCUCCGAGGGUCUAUAUUUGUUGUGUUGCGCAAGAUCGUUGUGGGGAUCGGGGUUCCACUCGAUGAACCCACGGCGCGGGACAUUUGGAAGCAGACACGAAAUGCGGCGACAAGCGAUAAGUCAACCUUCGUUCAAGUCCAUGCAUGUCGCUGCUUGGAACAGUUGCUUAAAAUUUCGCCUUUUUUCGACAACCCUAAUGACUUUGAAAACUUGAAAACCAUCAUGUGGAAGAUUAUCGACAACCCGGCUGCACCAGUCAGACAUGCUGCGGCUGCUGUACUUGGCAGGGCCCUGAUCAAACUGCACGCAACCGAAGCGCAUGUCAUGGCGGCCCCGAAUCCAAAGUCGAAGAAAUCGAAAAAGCAAUCUAAGAAGCCCACCGCACGACCGGGAGAUGAGGAGGAAGCCGAGAUGUCAGAGUCCUCUGCUGCUCCGAAAAAGUCGGAAUCGCGCUUGUUCUUCCUGCUGCCGGACCUGCUACGCCAGCUUUCGUCACAAUACCUGAAAAGCACGACCUCCAACCGCUCGCGUGCUGGUAUCUGUAUCUGCUACAAAUACGUCCUCCGUAACUUGGGAGACAAGAUAAUCGAAGAACGUUAUGCGCAGAUUGCGUCCAAUCUGCUUUUUGAACUGUUGAAUCACCCAACAGUGACAUACAAUCGGUUUCGUUUGCUGAUGACCCGGAAGUUUGUCAAAAACAUCCUGGAGGACACUAUCAGCCCUGAGCUGCUCCGCGAGAAUAGCCAGCUCAAUGCCGCCAGAUGGCUGAUUAAUGACAUUCUCAAGGAUUAUCCUCAGGUCGUCCAGGAACGUCGUGAGCCCAGCAAGUACACCUUGACCAGCGCGAUCAGCGCCCUGUCCUCGUUGAUCUCCCCUCUUGGCUCAGCUUUCGUCAUCCACGCUGAUAGCUGCCGAGACGCCUUGAUUCAAGUUCUUCCUCACCCCAGCUACACGGUGCAAAUUCACACAGCGCAUUGCCUGCGGAACUUUGUGCUUGCCUGCCCUCAUCAGCUUCUGUCUUGCGUGACAAUUUGCAUGAACAGCUUAACGAGGGAGCUUGGGCAGCUAGCUACGCCGCGACAGUCACCGCGGCGAUGUGUUGGUUAUGCCAAUGGAUUAGCUGCGAUGCUCAGCACUUCCCGUCUGCAGCCACUCUAUGGUGCUGUGGAUGUGUUUGCGCGCGUUUUCUCCCAGGCCACCGACCUGCUCAAGAUCAGUAGCACGUCUGAACUUCGAGUUGCAAGCACGCAAAUCCAGGUUGCGUGGAUCCUCAUCGGAGGCCUGAUGCCUCUCGGACAAAGCUUUGUUAAGAUCCACCUGUCUCAGCUGAUGUUGCUCUGGAAGAAUGCACUUCCAAAGCAUCUCAGUAAGGAGAACUCCGCUCAGCCUGGUACCCUUGAGACAAGCUUUCUUGCCCAUGUGCGAGAGUGUGCCUUGAGCUCGUUGCUGGUCUUCAUGGAGUUCAACAGCAAGUUGAUUACGGCAGAUGGUGCAAAGAGGAUUGCGACGAUGUUGCAGAAUACAGUUGAAUUCUUGGAUGAUUUGCCGCGGCCGAAGGCUAUGGAAGAUAUUUCGCAACGACUGCAUCCUUCUCUACAACUUCAUGACUUCAUUACCAUGGUGCGCAGACGGGUUUUGCAGUGCUUUUCCAAGCUGGUGCACGUUCAUCACCCCAGCCAUGGAGACAUCAUCUCCCAUUCCAGCCUUCUCAGCCUUGCUAUCUCGUCGUUUGCAGACCCAGAUGCGCAAAAGGGACCACUUGAAAGCUCAAUUGCAACGUCCUCUGGACAAUUCGACGGUCUGUGGGAUCUAUGUGACAAUUACGGCUUUGGUGUCACGGGGCUGGUCCGAGAGCACAUCCGUGCUGCACUUUCUGGAACGCAUGGCAACGACAAUGGGCCUGCUUGGUCUGCAAUUGACUCUGCAGAUCAAGCUGUCGAUGAUUCGUUGACGUUCCCUGUUUGCCAAGCCAGCGAGCACGACUCGGUGCUCUUGUAUAGUUUGAGAUCUGGAGAUGCACUUGCUGUUGAUCCGCCAACGACCGGAGUCAUCAACUCGGCAAUCGAUCUGUUUUCUGUGGCUAUUGCUCUUCACUCGCCCAAAAUCCAGGAAAGCAGUGUUGAGCAAAUCGCCACAUUCCUCACAUCCCCUGGUCUCCAACGCAAUCCAGGAAGAAAAGCGGCCCUGGUUGUCAACAUUUCUGUCGCACUUCUACAUGCCCUGAAAGUUGCUGUGAAGGAAACAGACUUUGUUGCUGGCAAGUUGAGCCCUGCUACCGACAAGAUCCUGCAAGAACUCCUUCAGAAAUUCGUCAUCGACACCGAUCCCAUCGUUCGGACGAUUGGCGUUGAAGCGUUGGGACGACUUUGCGACAGUGCUGGCAACGCGUGCACCAAUACCCAGGUCAACUGGCUGGUUGAUACAAUUGUCGAGAACCGGGAGCCGAAUGCUCGAGCCGGCUGUGCGGCUGCUUUGGGAUGCAUCCAUUCCCAGAUUGGCGGGAUGGCAGCUGGCCUGCACCUGAAGACCAUCGUGGGUGUGUUGAUGUCUCUUUGCAGUGACCCACACCCCGUCGUUCAUUUUUGGGCCCUUGGUGGACUGGAGAGAGUUGCCACUUCUGCUGGGUUGACCUUCUCUCCUUAUGUCUCCAGCUCCUUAGGAAUGCUCGCUCAGCUCUACAAUGCAGACACCCACAACGAGGAGGCAGCCGCACUGGCAACAUCCAACAUUGAAGUGUCAUUCUUGACGCCUGUGGUCAUUAGUCGAUGUGUGGACUCCCUUAUCAAUGUUCUCGGGCCCGACUUGCAAGACGUCGCCAAAACCCGAGACCUUAUUCUCACCUUGCUCCGCCAAUUUCAGUUGGAGGAAAACCCUGCUUUGGUGACGGAGAGCUCCAAGUGCUUAGAUCAUUUCUCUCUCUAUGCCUCCAACUUCGUGGACUUUGCAGGAUACGUGAAGCGAUUGCAAGGCGAACUUCGUGCUAACGAUCCAUUGAUGCGAGACGUGGCGGUCCGCGGCCUCAACAAUCUCAUGAAACGAGAUGCGGCAUCCGUGGUGGGGACCGCAACUCAGACCCUUGAAGAUGACAUUUGGCUUGCGUUCGACGAUGCACCAGACAACCGGUCUCUGCGAGCAAUGAUUCAGGAUUGGCUGCAGCAAACUGCCCUCGUGGAAACUGAGCUCUGGAUCCAACGAUGCCACAAUAUCAUGACCAAGACGCGCAAAAAGGUUGAACCUCCACCAACCACCACGGUUCAAACUGCUACGGCGGAUAUUCCAGAUGACGAAGUCGCUGGAUUUGCCUCUGCAGUCACAGGCGAGGGACAAGGUGACCCCGCGAAUGAGGGCGUGGCCGGCCAGGAGUUGUUGAAGUGGCAGACACGCAAUUUUGCCAUGAGCUGUCUCUCCGAGCUCUUGGCCACUGUACAAGAGGCAAUCCUGCCCGACCAAACCAUUCCGGCGGAGCUGGCUCUCCAGUCCAAGGUCGGUGAUAUUGUCCGGAUGGCGUUCUCGGCAUCUACUGCCAACGUGAUCGAGCUGCGUGUGUGGGGAUUGAAGAUCCUCGACCAAGUUCUCACUAUGUUUGGUAAAACUCCCGAUCCGGAUUUUGCCGAGGCCUCUCUGCUCGAGCAGUACCAGGCCCAAAUCGGAUCGGCACUCACCCCGGCCUUUGCCGCUGACUCGUCGGCGGAGCUGGCUUCUGAGGCAAUCAAUGUGUCUGCCACUUUUAUUGCCACUGGGAUUGUGACGAAUGUUGAACGUAUGGGACGAAUUCUGAAGCUCCUGGUCCUGGGCCUUGAGAACUUUGCCAAAAAUUCGGAAACUACCGAAAUCGGUGACCUCAAAGGGUUGAACUCGAAUGCGCGCGUGAUGGUCAAACUUGCCUUAUUUUCGGCAUGGGCUAGGCUCCAGAUUGCAAGCAUCGAGCAGGAGUACUUGAAUCGGGUGGUUCAGCCUUAUCUUGCCAAGCUCACGCCAUUGUGGCUCUCAUCUCUUCAAGAGUAUGCCCGAUUGCGUUUUGAACCGGACAUCUCUGGCAGCUUGGGCACGAGCUCGCACAGUAACGACUUGGAUGAGGUGUAUGCUGCGUUGAACCGUGAGACGUUAUUGAAGUUCUACCAAGAUUCUUGGUUAUACCUGGUCGAUGCCAUUGCUGGCCUGGUUGAAAGGGAUAUUGAUUUCGUCUUUGAUGCUCUGGACGGCAAGCUGCAACAGCCGGAAGAGCCCAGUACCCCGGGGAAGGAGGAGAAAGACAAGACUCCCAGCGACGAGUUGCAAGGAAAGGGCCACGACAUCAACUAUCGCGAAGAGCCAGUGGCAUUCUUCUUCGUCUUAUUUGGGCUGGCUUUCGAGUCUCUUGUGGAUCAAGCUACAUUUCCCUCCCAGCGGUUGCAGAUUCUCCAAGCCCUUAAGAGAAUCUUGAGACCGAUGAUAUCUGGGAACGCAAUUUACCAAGACGCGAUCUUCUCAGAGACAAUGGACUCUUUUGAUCGACUUGUCUUGACAGAGAACACACCCAUCCAGACCGUGAUUGUUGAAAUCGCCCAAAAUUUGUCGAUGGAUCAUCCGGCUGCAAAAGGCGGCCAGGAACGCAGUGAUCACCUCACUGACGACAUUGAGCAGCUAUUCGAGCUUACCAGGAGCAUUAUUCUAGUCCUUGCAGGUAUGCUGCCCAACCUCCGCGAAUCGACACCCCUUGCACGCUUCAAUGUGUCGUCGGAUGAUUCACUGGCGCUCAUCCGCCUGGCACUGCGCUCGCUCGUCGAUGUUGCAUCGGUCUUCCCGUCCAUCAUUCGCAAUGACCUCCAUGCCUGCAUCCUACACAUCUUCACUACCAUCCUCGCAACCGGCAUAUGCCAGACAGAAGUGGUUCCUCAAGCCCUUCCGAUCUUCAGGCAAUUUGUUCAUAGCAUCACCCAUGCCCCCGAAGUGCCCGAGGAUCGGGAUGUGGUGGCUUUCCAGAUGCGGGGAUGCCUCACCCGUUUCUUGACCAUCCUCACUAUCGCGCAGCGCCGAGAAUCGGAUUCUUCUAUCCCUUGUGCCAAGAACACACUUUUGGCUAUUGCCUUCCUCCUGACUACCGGUGGCCAUGUCCUCCCGCCCCAAGACCCAGUCAUCGUUCGGGUUCUGCACGAGCUUCUUGAUUGUCUUCAGGACUUUGGGCUCGCCAAUGUCGCUGCCAGCUGCAUCCGCUCAAUUCUUGUCAAGCCUAGUCCCCGCAGCACCACCGACCAAGUGAUCGCUCGGUACCUCACCCCGCGGCUUAUUGCAUUCCUUGUUGGCUGUCCGCUCGACAACGGCGAAGUCCCCAACGACCCCGAAAACUCGCGCACUGUGGUUGCUCGCACGCUGGUGUCGUGCGUGACCAACGCCACCUUUUCACCCACAGAAUUGCCCAGCGCCAUCUCCUUGGUGAUGUCUGCUUUACUGGCUCGUGCCAAGCGCGAAGGCCAGUCGGUGCACCAGGAAUCUGCGGGCCAUCUUCUCGAGUUGGCCAAGGCCGACCAGCUUACGUUCCGGAGCUUGGUCGCCAAUAUGACUCCGGACCAGAAAUCCUUGUUGGAAGAAGUACUGCGGAGCGCCGGGGUUGGUGCUAGUCCAGCAAGGACCGGAACUGAUGAGGUGGAUACGGCGCAACAAGCCGCCCCGAGUAUUGCGCUGCGCAUGGAUUUCUAG